AUGGUUACUGAAUGCUCCAGGCCAGGGAGCUAUUGCGUCAGCCACCACGCGUACGACUGCCUCGUUAUCGGAGCCGGCGGCGCUGGUCUCCGAGCUGCCAUAUCGCUCGCGGAACAGAAGUUCUCUGUCGCUCUCGUCUCUAAAUUAUUUCCAACUCGAUCUCACACAAUCGCGGCGCAAGGCGGCAUGAACGCAUCCAUAGGCAGUAUGCACGAAGAUGACUGGAGAUGGCACUUUUAUGACACCGUUAAAGGAUCUGAUUGGCUCGGUGAUCAGGACUCUAUUCAACACUUAACGCGAGACGCGCCGAACUGUGUUUUCGAACUCGAAAAUAUGGGUAUGCCAUUCUCCAGGACUCAAGAUGGGAGAAUUUACCAACGAUCGUUUGGUGGUGGAACCAAGAUGCAAGGCAAGGAGAUAGCAAAACGCACCUGCUGUGUUGCUGACCGCACUGGACACGCCUUACUGCACACAUUGUACGGAUACAGCACAAAGUUUAAGAAUAUCAAGUUGUUUACCGAGUUUUUUGUAUUGGAUCUUCUGGUGCAGAGCGGGGCGGUGGUCGGUGCACUAGCUUUGGAUAUGGACGACACAAGCCUACAUAGGUUUCAAGCUAAGAACACGGUGAUAGCAACAGGUGGCUACCCCAGGAUGUAUUUCUCCUGUACUGCAGCACACACUUGCACCGGCGAUGGAUGCUCCAUGCUAACCAGAAUCGGUUAUCCCCUUCAAGAUAUGGAGUUUAUACAGUUUCAUCCUACUGGAAUGUACGGGUCGGGGUGUCUCAUGACUGAAGGUUGCCGUGGUGAAGGCGGCUACCUGGUGAACAGCGAAGGUCAAAGGUUUAUGGAGAAGUACGCUCCCAAAGCCAAGGAUCUUGCCAGCCGCGAUGUUGUGUCCAGAUCUAUUGCGACGGAAAUUAGACAAGGCAGAGGAGUAGGUCCAAAGAAAGACCACAUGUACCUCCAGCUGCAUCAUCUCCCUGCUGAAGUCAUCAGGGAGCGACUACCGGGAAUAUCGGAGACGGCCUACACCUUCACGGGAGCCGAUGUUUACACCCAACCUGUUCCCAUCAUACCCACAGUGCACUAUACAAUGGGCGGGAUCGCAAUUAACUACAAGGGGGAGGCUAUUAUCAAUAAGGGAGGUAAUGACGAAGUGAUACCCGGUCUACAUUCAGCCGGUGAGGCGGUUAGCAACUGCCAUGGCGCCAAUCGACUCGGAGCGAACUCCAUUUUGGAUACCGUGGUGUUUGGGAAGGCGGUCGGCGUGAAUAUCGGCAAGAUAGCCAAGCCCGGCGAAAAACAACCAACGUUGAAUGAUAAUAUAUGCGACGCGUCAAUUGACAACUUCGAGAAGGUUCGCAACAGCAACGGUAGUGUGAUGCCGCACGAGCUACGCCUCAACAUGCGGCAAACUAUGCAAAACAAGUGUGGAGUCUUUAGAGAAGCGAAAUUGUUGGAUGAAGCGCAAAAGGAAAUAAUGAAAUGGUACGCCGCGUUCAACGACAUCAAAGUGAUGGACCGCAGCGCCAACUUCAAUACAGACCUGAUCGAGACACUGGAACUGCAGAACAUGCUCCAGGCGGCGGUGCAGGUGGUCGCCUGCGCGAGGAACCGCACGGAGAGCCGCGGUGCACACUUUAGGGAUGAUUUUCCUAAGCGGGAAGACGAAAUGGAUUAUAGCAAGCCUACUACGGAUCAGAAACCGAAGCCAAUAGAACAGCACUGGCGCAAGCAUAGUCUAUCGACUGUCGACUUGCCAACGGGUAAAGUGACCAUCACCUACCGACCGGUCAUUGACAAGACUCUGGACAGUGAAGUGGAAACUAUUCCACCGGUACCGAGGGUUUACUAG